AUGUAAAGACAAACAAAAAGUUACUUCAAUUCUACUUUGUAUGACUUAGAUUUCUAAGUACCAGUGACUCACAAGCUCUAAAACCUUUCUCGUUAAGGCUCUCGUUCAUGGAAUAAAUUCAAUCCAUCUCAAUAAUGCGCACUUAGUCUUUUAGAGGUCUCAAGACUUAGGAGCAUGUAGACAGACACAGAUAAAUCCUUCAGUGACUAUAGCAUGAGUGACAAUAACAUAAGAACUCCUUACUCUACCCAGAAAGACUUCUUGACAUCUGAAGAAGAUUCUGACGAAGAAGUAGUGAUGUUUGAAGUGUAAUGA